AUGACUGGCCCCCUGCGCCAGGUCUCUGCCCCAGCUCCCCGCUCCAGUUCCUUGGCCCGGCCUGGCCCCGCCCCCUACCCCUACCCCAGGCUGUCACCUCCUGCGGAGACCAGGCGAGGCCGGCAGCGGCGUCAGAAGCAAGUGCUUGAGAGGAGAGCUGGGAACAGAUCAUCCCUCGUAGUUGUGGGGGGCGCUGUCUCCGGGGUACGUGAUUCCCUGAGAGGAGGGCGCUGGCGCUGGGAGAGGAGGGCGCUGGCGCUGGGAGAGGAGGCAGAGGCUCCUGAUUCUUCCUCGGACCCCCAGACCCGGCUGCCCUCGCGUGACCGGACCCUUCGUUCCCCAUGCCCUGCUGCCUACACGAUGCCCACCUGUCCACCCUGGUGGCUGCUGCUUCUGCUCUCGCUGUGGGAGCCGCUGCUCCGGAGCGCGGAGGCAGGCUCUGAGGGGCAGACAGCGGGAGAGCUAUAUCAGCGCUGGGAGCGGUACCGCAGGGAGUGCCAGGAGACACUGGAGGCCUCGGAGCCCCCAGCAGGCCUCGCCUGUAACGGGUCCUUCGAUAUGUACGUCUGCUGGGACUACACUGCACCCAACACCACUGCCCGUGCAUCCUGCCCUUGGUAUCUGCCCUGGCACGGCCACGUGGCUAAAGGCUUUGUCCUCCGCCAAUGUGGCAGUGAUGGCCAAUGGGGACCUUGGAGAGACCAUUCUCAGUGUGAAAACCCAGAGAAAAAUGGGGUUUUUCAGGACCAAAGGCUGGCCUUGGAGCGGCUGCAGGUUGUGUACACCGUGGGCUACUCCCUGUCUCUUGCCACACUGCUGUUCGCCUUGCUCAUCUUGAGUAUCUUCAGGCGGCUGCACUGCACUCGCAACUACAUCCACAUCAACCUGUUCACGUCUUUCAUGCUGCGGGCAGCUGCCAUCCUCACCCGAGACCGUCUGCUUCCUCCCCCUGGCCCCUACCCUGGGGAUCAGGUCCUUACCCUGUGGAACCAGGCCCUAGCUGCCUGUCGCACGGCCCAGAUCGUGACCCAGUACUGCGUGGGUGCCAACUACACGUGGCUGCUGGUGGAAGGCAUCUACCUGCACAGUCUCCUCGUGCUCGUGGGAGGCUCCGAGGAGGGCCACUUCCGCUGCUACAUGCUUCUCGGCUGGGGGGCCCCCACGCUUUUCGUCAUUCCUUGGGUGAUCGUCAGGUACCUGUUCGAGAACACGCAGUGCUGGGAGCGGAACGAUAUCAAAGCCAUUUGGUGGAUCAUACGAACCCCUAUUCUCCUAACAAUCUUGAUUAAUUUUCUCAUCUUUGUCCGCAUCCUUGGCAUCCUCGUGUCAAAGCUGAGGACGCGACAGAUGCGCUGCCCGGACUACCGACUGAGGCUGGCUCGCUCCACGCUGACGCUGGUGCCCCUGCUGGGCGUCCACGAGGUGGUGUUUGCUCCUGUGACUGAAGAACAGGCCCGGGGUGCCCUGCGCUUGGCCAAGCUCGGCUUUGAAAUCUUCCUCAGUUCUUUCCAGGGCUUCCUGGUCAGCGUCCUCUACUGCUUCAUCAACAAGGAGGUGCAGUCGGAGAUCCGCCGGGGUUGGCACCGCUGCCGCCUGCGCCACAGCCUCGGCGAGGAGCCGCGCCAGCGCCCCGAGCCCGCCUUCCGGACCCUGCCCUCUGGCUCCGGUCCGGGCCAGGUCGCUGCCGGCAGCGCUCUGUGCUCGAGGACCCUCCCAGGUCCUGGGGGUGAGGCCAACGACGUCUUAGAAAGUUACUGCUAGGUAGCGGGAUUCUUGGGUCCACGCAGCAUGUGUUUAUUGAGCGCCUGCUGUGUACCAGGCUUGGCUUGAAGAGCGCUGGGCAAAUGGCGCGGAUUUGGGGCUGGGGGCGGGGAAGCAAACAGAAAAGCCCCUGUUCUCCUAGAGAUUACAACUGAGUGGGGGAAACAGGAGGUGAGGCCAAACCAAAUUAGACUAUGUACACUGUGGAAUGGUUUAGGAAGAAAGGUUAGAAGGGGACCUAAUGUGGUCCAGGGCUCUCUGAUGAAACGACUUUGAAGUCAUGCCCAAAAGAGGUGAAGGAGGCAGCUUUACAAAGAAUUGGCAGGCGAGGUUUUAAGGCAGAAAGAACACCUGUGAAGGCCCUGGAGCAAGAAGGAGCUUGGCUGUGUCAGGAAAAGAGAGGUGACCUAGGAGGCUGGAGCGGGAUAAGUCAGAGCCCACAAAUGGGGAGAGAGAACCAGGUGGGGUCAGAAGAGUGGGCAUUUUAUUCCAAGUUCAUGGAAGAUUCUUUGGAGUGCCUCCUAGUGGAAUGGGCUAAAGUGUUAACAGACCGCUCCAUCUGCCCUGUGGGGUGAUGGAUUAUUAGGGGCUAUUGGGGCAGCUGGGAGCCCAGUCAGGAGUCUGAUAAUGGUGGGAGGUGAUGUUAGCAGGACUGGGGUGGCAGCCACAUAGGGUGUGAAAUGGUUGGAUUCUAGAGCUAGUUUAAAGGUAGAACUGAGAGCAUUUGCUGAAGGAGAGACUUCAGGGAUGACUUCUCAGUUUGGGAUGGAGACAGGAAAGAGGGAGAUGGGGUUUGAGGUGGGGAGUACCAGGAGUGCUCUCUGGACUUGUUAAGCUGGAAAUAAGGGUCUGGAGCUCACAGGAAAGGUUAGAGAUAGAAAUGUGAGUGGGCACUGAGGUCCAGAGAGGAUUCUGAGUGUGGAAAGAAGCAAUUUCAUGGCAGGCAUCAGAGCUGAAAUCUACAAUGGGAGGCCAGGCCCACUGCCACCUGGAGACAUACCCACCUUUUUCGGUAGCCCCUGGGAACUAUGAGAUUUAGGAGGGAAGCCAGCAGCCUCAAUGUGGCCGGGCCACAUAUAUAUAUAUACACACACAAGACUCUCACUCCUAAAUCGCUCCCCACCACAGACACACACUUAGAUUCAGUUAGCACCUGGGUGUUGAUUCGCUUCCUUGGGGUCCCCAGCUCUCUGGACAGAUAUGGCUCACAGCCGCUGAAUUCAAUGUGCUUUGAAGCAUGCGGCCCUCCUGGGCCUCUCUUGUGGGUUCUGGGAAGGUGAGGGCCUGAGAGCUGUGUCCUUGUAAAUAAAGCAUGAGAAAACAGUUGUUUUCGGGGUGGGGAAAUCUUGGCCAGGCCAUAAGGGAGAUGACAGUAGGGAGGGCAGGCUGUGUGGCCAGGUGCCGGUGGUGGCCUUGUGCCCUCUGGAGAGCAGUGCUGCCUAACUUCCAAGAGAUUCAAGAGUCACAAAGAGAUCAUGGACACCAUGCCGCCACCAUUCUCCAUGCCUAAAAGAAGCCCCAACUGGGAAUGUUCCUGCGAUCUCCUGCUAUUCAAACUAUUUGUAGUGUGUACGAUUAAAAUCGUGCCCAUGAUGAUCAUGUUCUUUUCUUUAAAAAAUUAAUGAAUUUGUGACUGUGCUGGGUCUUCGUUGCUGCACGCGGGCUUUUAGUUGCGACAGCUGCGGGCUACUAUCUAGUUGCAGUGUGUGGUGUCCUCACGGCAGUGCUUUCUCUUGCUGCAAAGCUUGGGCUCUAGGCACACAGGCUUCUCAG